CUCUGUGGCCGUAUUCAUCUUGUCUUUGCUCGCACCUCGAACCUUUGUCUUUCUAGAACACUUACAUACCACCCUAUUCGAGUGCCUAGACAGCUCUUGUCGAGAACAAUGGCUUCUCAGCCUUCCUGGAACCCUCCCACUAGUGGAGCGGAGAUUCCCGUACUGACCGUUUACAACUCGUUGACAAAGACAAAGAAUGAGUUUGUUCCCAGCGAAGGUAACCGCGUCAAGUGGUACAACUGUGGCCCUACCGUCUAUGAUGCGUCACACAUGGGCCACGCGAGGAACUAUGUCACCCAGGAUAUUCUGCGUAGGAUCAUGACCGAUUACUUCGGUUACGAUGUUCACUUCGUCAUGAAUAUCACCGACAUCGAUGACAAGAUUAUUCUUAGAGCACGGCAGAACUUCUUGGUCCAGCGCUUUCGAACGGAGACUCAAACAGUUUCACCAGAGCUGCUUGCGACGAUUUUAUCAUCGUGGCAAUCCUAUGUCCGCUCAAAAGUCUCCAAAGGACUCACCCCGGCAGAUAUUCCGGGGGAGGGACAAGAAUGGGACUCUUGGGCAUCGUUGGCCUCCAAAAUGCAAGACGCCACAUGGAAGGCCGAUUGCCUGAAAAGAGACGAAAAAUUUGACAUGCAUUUCACUGCUGCCACGCGUGCGCGCUCCGCUCUCGAAGUCGCAAGGGGCAUGCUAGACAACGGCUUUGACACCCCGGAUAUUGCCCAUCAGCUAAUUGAUGAGGCCGCAGAUGUCCUUGCGCUCUCCCUGGACAGUCAGUACGGCGCAACGGUCACGGACCCCUCCAUAUCGCGAUCCCUCGCGGCCUUCUGGGAACAAAAAUUCUUCGACGACAUGGCUCGACUGCGGGUUAGACAACCCGACACUCUGACUCGCGUAACCGAGUAUGUCCCAGAAAUUGUGACAUAUGUUGAGCAGAUAGUCAGAAAUGGUUAUGGCUAUGCCGUCGAUGGGAGCGUGUACUUUGACACACACAAAUUCGAUCAAGGCAAGAAACACUUUUACGCAAAGCUGGAGCCGUGGAGUAAGGGAAAUCGAGAACUUCUGGAAGAGGGCGAAGGCUCAUUGUCGUCGACCGGAGGCCGUCGAUCAGCAGCCGACUUCGCACUGUGGAAAGCGUCAAAGCCAGGAGAGCCGUCUUGGGACUCGCCGUGGGGCAAAGGACGACCAGGUUGGCACAUCGAAUGUUCUGUGAUGGCUUCCGCCAUCUUUGGCGACAAGAUGGACAUCCACUCUGGUGGCAUCGACCUUGCGUUCCCUCACCACGAUAACGAAAUGGCCCAAUCGGAGGCCUACCACGAAUGCGAAGCCUGGGUGAACUAUUUCCUCCACACCGGGCAUCUGCAUAUCGAAGGUUUGAAGAUGAGCAAGUCUCUCAAGAACUUUAUCACCAUUGACGAGAUCUUGCAACGUUACACGGCGCGACAGUUGCGACUCUCCUUCCUGACCCAGCUUUGGAAUGCGAAGAUAGAUUUCUCAGAGUCUCUCAUGACAGGGGAAGUCCGUAAUAUUGAGCUAACAUUGAAUAACUUCUUCACGACCGUAAAGGCCCUCAUCAGUCAAGCGCACGCGGAUGGACCUGCUCUAGACGGCAAACAUCGAUUUAAUGACGCCGAACAAGAUCUGACUCAAGCUCUCCACAAGGCUCAAGACGCUUUCAGAUCCGCGUUGAGUGAUUCGUACAGCACGCCUGCUGCUCUGGAUGUUCUUCGGGACCUUGUCUCCCGAACGAACGUCUACAUCAGCACUCGCGGGAAGGACAUGAACAUCGGCGUAAUCGAGCGGAUAGCACGGUGGAUAGGAAGCAUGCUUCGUAUGUUCGGCUUGGGCGAGGGAGAGACAUCUGAAAUUGGGUGGGGCCAGGAAGUACAGGAAGGGCAGGAAGGUGUGAAUCGAGAGGAAGUCCUCAUGCCGUACUUGCGAACCUUGUCCGCAUUCCGCGACGGGGUCCGUCAGUUGGCCAUCGCAAAGGGAGACGGAGGUGCAAAAGACAUCCUAGCGUUAUGCGACAAGCUUCGCGACGCUGACUUGAUUCCGCUUGGUGUGGCCCUCGACGACCAAGAAGAUGGGAAGGCCCUUGUCAAGCUCGUAUCUCCGGCAGAGCUCAUCAAGGCUCGAGAUGAGAAGCGUGCUCUGCUCGAGGCAAAGGCAGCAAAGAAGGCUGCCGACCAAGAGGCGGAGCGCCAGAAACGUAUACAGAAGUUGGAGAAAGGCCGUGUUCCUCCGAGUGAGAUGUUCAAGCCCCCUAAUGUCCCUGAAGGAACGUACGGGAGCUGGAAUGACGCUGGGGUACCACUUACGGAUGGGGAGGGUAAGGAGCUUAGCAAGAGCAGAGGGAAGACGUUACAGAAGGAUUGGAAGAAGCAACAGCAGGCACAUGAGGACUAUUUGGCAUGGAAGGCUAAGGAGCAAUGACCGCGACAGAGUUGCUACAUGUAAAUUUUACUGAACCGUCCCGAUGCCACCGGGGCACUUCGCCACAGACCUUUCGUCCAGUCCUUCUCCCAGAGAUCAGUUUUGAGCGCCU